AGGGACUGAUUGAAUGAACCCGGAUCUUAUAGGUGGAGAAGGCAUUCAGGGGCCUGUUUCAUGGAAAUCCAAAUUUUAGUUAUUUGAUUGGAUAAUAUUAAAUUGAUUUUAGUCCUUAGCCAAUCAAAAUAGAAGUAUCUACUAAAAUUUAGAUUUUUUAUCUCUAGUUAAGAUUUCGUGAAACAGGCCCCUGUGUUAGUAAAAGACGGUAACGAUUGUCAAUCAACAAAUUGAGAACUAUGGCGACAUUUACCACCGUAGACCCCACAAUCAUUGGGGCUUUUCAGAUUCUGUUUGCCAUUUUUGGAACGAUUUUGAACUUUGGAGCGAUUGUAACUAUUCUUUCCAGUCGUAAUCUGAGAUCAAAAGGAAUGUAUAUAACAAUUGUAGUUAUAUCCUUUGCUGGUCUGCUACAGAGUAUCUUCGUAAAUUCAGUAUCUGCCCGUUCACAUCUUGAUCACGCAGCCUUUUAUGAUAAUGAUCCGUGUCCAGUAUUGUCCGUUACAUUGCUAACACUAGAUAUUUGUCUAACAGUGAACAUGUACUGUCUGGUCUUGUUAAUUGUGAACCACCUUAUACAUCAACGUAGUCCAAAUGAAUCUAGAGAAAGAAUUACUGGAAUCGUCGGCACGAUCUUAAUCUGUCUGUUAUCAGUGAUCGUCCUUGUUCCAGUUAUAAUAACACAGUCUACAUCAGUCUGUUAUGGUGAUGGCAGUUUUUAUCUGGAGCUUGGGUUGCAGGUAAUCGAAUUUUUCCUACCUACUUUCAUUCUGUGUGUCGGGAUAAUUAUACUUAAGAUCAUUCUCGGACGACGAUUCAUGGUCCCAGGCGGUCUUAUCUACCAAACAUCUUCAGUAACUCAUAUUAUAGUAGCUGUAUUUAUAACCGUUGCCACCACCAUGCCGGUGCUAAUAAUGGGUUUACAUUUGAAGCGUGUCGGUUUUCCUCGUACCUCUACUAACUGGAAUUCUUGGCUACUGUGGGUGUUUCGAAUGAUUUAUGCGUGUAACGUUGUCGUUAUACCAUUUUCCUGGCUUCUGGAUAACGAAUUCCGACAAUCAUUUCUAACGAUGUUUAGGCGGAAACCAAAACCGAACAGAAAUACAGGACCAAUGACCGAUUACAGCAACAACGCACAUCAACCAGACCAAGUUCUGUACACCAACCAACCAGCACAUACCAGAAAUACAGCACCCAUGACCGCUUACAGCAACUGUCAACACCAACAAGACCAAGUCCGGGAUAUCAACUAACAAAAACAUACUAGAAAUACUGCACCAAUGACCGCUUACAACAACUUACACCAACUAUACCAAGUUCUGAACACCAACCAACAAUCACAUCCAAGAAAUACAGCAUCGGUGAUCUCUUACGGCCACAACGUACACCAGCCAGACCAAGUUCGGGAAACCAACCAACAAAAACAUACCAGAAAUACUGCACCAAUGACCGCUUACAACAACAACAACUUACACCAACUAUACCAAGUUCUGAACACCAACCAACAAACACAUCCAAGAAAUACAGCAUCGGUGAUCUCUUACGGCCACAACGUAGACCAAGUUCGGAACACCAACCAACAAAAACAUAUCAGAAAUACUGCACCAAUGACCACUUACGGCAACAACGUACUACACCAAGCGGACCAAGUUCUUAACACCAACCAACAACUUAACACCAACCAACAACUUAACACCAACCAACAAUCAUAUCCAAGAAUUACAGCACCAAUGACCACUUACGGCCACAACGUACACCGACCAGACCAAGUUCUUAACACCAACCCACAAAAACUUACAGCAUCAAUGACCGCUUACAGCAACUACUCACACCAACCAUUCAACAUAGCUUUGUAAAUACUGAACGGAAUUAAACCAUUUGUUGAACCAUAAAUAUUCCUAUUAGUGUUCGUCUUUCACAAUAUUGUAGUUAGCAAGGGAUUCAUAUUGCACUAGAAUCACGCAAUACGACUUUAAAGGAAAAGGUAAAGUUAACUGAGUGUAAUUGAGAGUCCAGUUUGAUAUAUAUAUUAUAAAUUCUUCUUCAUCUUUUUGUUAUUGUGGGAUUUUACCCCCGCUUCCACGUAGGGUGAUAUCGCAUACAACCAUGUUCUAAGAGUCUGGCAGGACCAGCCAGUCGUGACAUGAGAGGCUAGGUCUAGCAAAGGGUGAAAAUGCAAAGCGAGUAGGAAAUUUUAUCAUCUCCAUUAUCUCGGUUAAAAGUGCAGCCGUGCUUUCAUUUCAAAGGCGUUGCCCCUGGAUACAAGUAAGUGAACUAUAUUCGGAUCAAGACCACGGAGAUAGUGGAAGGGCCAGAUGUAAAGAUUUAUAUUUUAUAUAUUUAAGAUUUGCGAUUUGCGAUCGAAAUUGGCCAGCGACUAAUUUCUUUCGUAUAAAAGCCCCCACCCCACCCCCUUAUUAAAGCUCGUUUUCAGAAUUGAUGUGGAUAAUUCGCUCUUUUCUUCAUCUUGCGCCUUUGUGAUAGUGUGUCAUAUUGUAUAAUUGUUUUUAAUAUGUAUUUGGUGUAUUGUUCCUUUAGUAUAUUUGUGGUUUGUUCCUUUCAGGUUAAAUCUUAAGCUGGUUACUAAUUUCAAUAACAAGUCUAAUCUGUACUCGCUGUUAACUCGAUAAACUAAUCACAAGUUGUGCAUCUUGAGGAUAUUAUACUUCUCAGAUAUUUAGGGUUAUUUCGUUAAAGAUGCAUUAUGUAAGAUCUAAAUCUGCCUAUUGCAGGUCUUUCGUUUGGCCCCAAAUGUUAAAAAUGUUAUAUAAAUCAGGCAUUAUGUAAGAGCUAAAUCUGCCUAUUGCAGGUCUUUCGUUUGGCCUCAAAUGUUAUAUAUAUCAUUAAAUAAACAUUUAUAUACAUGCUAAGCCCAUAAUCAACUCUCUAGAGACUCGGAUGCUUUUGAUUUUCAACGGAUUUAGGAUUUAAACAAUUGGCAAGUUAUCAUAAAAUGGAUAACCGUAACAACGGUAGCAAUGACAAUCGAGACUACACAAUUCUUGGAACAACAAAAAUUCCGCUCAGAAUGAAGUAAUUUGACAUAUUCCGGUUUUCGGCUCUUUAUCUUACAUAAUGCAUCUUUAAAUUCUGUCUUGUAUUGCUAUAUUUUAUAUCGUAUUGUUAUUGGAAUAGAAUUACUAGUUUUAUAAUAACCCCCCCCUUGUA